AUGGCCGACGACGCAGCAGCACUCCGUGCCCGGGUGGACGAAUUGGCGGCAUCCAUCCAAGAAGAACGCGGACUUCGCCAGCGAGCCGAGGCUGAACUAGCGGCAGCUCGGGCAGGCAUGGUUGCGCCGGCCGUAGUACCCAUUGUCCAAGGACAGCCUCCAAACGCGCCCCAAAUCCUAGACGAUACCACGGCGAAGGGGCCCAAAAUCGGCCUGCCAGACAAGUACAAUGGCACGCGAGGGCCGAAGGCCGAGGUAUACGUCACGCAAAUUGGUUUAUACGUCCUCUCUAACCCCCGGAUGUUCCCCAACGACCGUAGCAGGAUCAUUUUCUCGAUCUCAUACCUCACCGGCCAAGCCAGCGAAUGGGCUCAGCCAAUCACGACGAAGCUGUUCGCCGGACACCCGGUAUCGUACCUCGAAUUCGCCACGGCCUUCCAGAUGAUGUACUACGACACCGAGCGGAAGUCCCAAGCUGAGAAGGCGCUGAGACUGCUGAAACAAACCAAGUCGGUGGCGCACUAUACCUUCCAGUUCAACCAGCACGCCUCGAACACGGGUUGGGAAAUGACAACGCUCAUGAGUCAAUACCAGCAGGGACUCAAGAAAGACAUCCGGUUGGCCCUAGUCCUGGCUAGGACCCAAUUCACCGCACUGACCGACCUCAGCAACCUCGCCCUGAAAAUCGACAACGAGAUCAACGGAGCAGACCAGUACGCGACAGACCUCACAGCUACAGCGGCCAACCCUAACGCCAUGGACGUCUUGGCGAUGAGAGGCCCGCUCACGAGCGCGGACAAGGCCAGCAUGAUGCAAGCCGGACUUUGUUUCUUUUGCGGCGAGAAGGGUCACAUUGCGAGGAGCUGCCCAAAGAAAGGAAAGGGGAAGAGCAACGUGGAUGCGAGGAUUGCCGAACUGGAGGACCAAGUACGACGUCUCACCACGGGAGAGGGGACCAGCGGCGGGGCAGGCAUGGCGGACGACUCAAAAAAUGGCGAGGCUCGGGUGCUGUUCGUCAGCACCCCCGUUUCUUCUUACUACCAUCCCAGAGCCACAACCACCGCCCCACUUGCCACGUUCCUCAUAGACUCGGGGGCAACCCACGACGUCAUCAGUGAGACGUACGCGAACAGAGAGAGAUUAAAGCUCAUACCGUCACCAGCUGAGAGGACAAUCUCGGGCUUUGACGGUUCAAAAAACACAUCAUCAGCCGAGGUGCAGCUGUUCCUUGAUGCCGACACAAAACCGACAACAUUCAUAGUCACACGCCUCAAGGACACCUACGACGGGAUACUGGGGAUGCCGUGGGUCAGAGCCCACGGGCACCACAUUGAUUGGAAGGAGCGCAGAUUUAAGCCCACCAUCCAGGAGAUCGCCACUGCCGAGACAGUGUCGUCAGUUCCGAAAACAACCUCAAUAGACGGGGAGGAGCCCGGGUUGAGGCAUGCGAGGAAAACUGACGAGGGGGUGCGCGCUUUAUGCCGAGUAACACCCCCGCAAUGUGAGUCUGGUUCUAUCUUACCCCAUCCCUACCAGACAGAGAGUAUGAGAAUAUCUGGCAAGCAGGUACACCCUUUAGGACUUACACCACAGGCCCCGCGGACGACAACCAAAUUCCCGGAGUCCGAUCAAACAGGAAUUGCCACCGUUUCAGCGGUGUCGUCAGGUCCGAAAAAAACCUCAACAGACGGGGAGGAGCCCGGGUUGAGGCACGCGAGGACAACUGACAAGGGGGUGCGCGCUUUGUGCCGACUAACACCUCCGCAAUGUGAGUACAUUUCUAUCUCCCUAGGGCCCAAUGUCUCAGUCAGUGUAGGGACAACUGGCAAGCGGGUACCUCCUUUAGAAAGCCUUCAGCAGGAACCCGACGCGAAUACCGGUCAAUUGGGUGCGGCGAAGACGGUCUGGUCCACGUCGGCAAAACUAGCGGCCAAUGCCAAGUUGGCGGAGCCGCAACGAUCACCAGAAGAACUAGUCCCGGCGGUGUACCACCAAUACUUACGGAUGUUCUACAAGUCGGAGGCCCAGAAGCUACCCCCCCAAAGAAAAUACGACUUCCGCGUCGACCUGCUUCCCGGAACCCUCCCGCAGGCCAGUCGCAUAAUCCCACUGUCACCGGCAGAAAACGACGCCCUGGACAAAUUACUUAGAGAAGGAUUGGAUCAAGGCACUAUCAGAAGGACCACGUCACCUUGGGCGGCGCCAGUACUGUUUACGGGAAAGAAGGACGGUAACUUACGGCCGUGCUUCGACUACCGUAAACUGAAUGCUGUCACAGUAAAGAAUAAGUACCCCCUCCCGUUGACAAUCGAUUUAGUAGAUAGCUUACUAGAUGCCAACCGGUUCACCAAGCUGGACUUGCGAAACGCGUACAGAAACCUGAGAGUGGCCGAGGGAGACGAAGAAAAAUUAGCGUUUGUCUGCUGGGCGGGACAGUUUGCGCCAUUGACGAUGCCUUUUGGGCCCACGGGGGCCCCAGGAUUCUUCCAGUUUUUUAUGCAAGACAUCCUAUUGGGACGGAUCAAAAAAGACGUUGCGGCGUAUCUGGAUGAUAUCAUGAUAUACACUCAGCGAGGAUCUAACCAUGAAGAGGCCGUGCUAAGCGUACUUGAAACGCUGAGCAAGCAACAGCUUUGGUUGAAGCCGGAAAAGUGCGAGUUUUCCCGAGGAGAGGUAGAAUACCUAGGGCUCCUGAUCUCCUGCAACAGGGUGAGGAUGGAUCCGAAUAAAGUGAAAGCCGUGACGGAUUGGCCAGCACCAGCUUCAGUAACAGAACUACAACGGUUUGUCAGAUUCGCAAACUUCUAUCGCAGGUUCAUAGGGAGCUUCUCCAAGACCACCCGACCGCUACACGACCUUACUCGCGCAAACACUCAAUUCGUGUGGGACAAGCGAUGCCAGGCGGCUUUCGACGAGCUGAAGACGGCGUUCACCACCGCACCUAUCCUGAAGAUAGCCGACCCCUACAAGCCAUUCUUAUUGGAGUGUGAUUGCUCGGAUUUUGCGUUAGGAGCCGUGUUGUCGCAGAUAUGCAGCAGGGAUGGGGAGCUACAUCUGGUGGCGUUCCUAUCGCGAUCCCUCAUCCAAGCUGAAAGGAACUAUGAGAUCUUUGAUAAGGAGUUGUUGGCGAUCGUGGCGGCGUUUAAAGAAUGGCGCCAUGAUCUCGAAGGGAACCCGAACCGCCUGAAGGCAAUAGUGUACACUGAUCACCGAAACCUUGAAACCUUCAUGACAACAAAAAGCCUUACGCGUCGACAGGUGAGGUGGGCUGAGACGCUAGGCAACUUCGACUUUGAAAUCGUGUUUCGCCCAGGUCGCCAGUCUACAAAGCCGGACGCCCUUUCCAGACGCCCGGACCUAGCCCCAAAGGGAGAGGAAAAGCUGACGUUUGGACAAAUUCUACGGCCGGAGAACAUCACCUCCGAAUCUUUCGCGGCGAUAGCAGAAAUCGAUGAGUUCUUUGUCGACGAGUCAAUUGACCUACUCGAUGCGGACUAUUGGUUCGAAGUAGACGUUAUGGGGGCUGAGGAGAACAGGCAAUCGCUAGAAGAGGAAGAGGAUCUUAUCCCUUCGGACACGGAGCUGAUGAGUUAUAUUAGGACAGCUUCAGGGGAUGACGAGAGACUGACCAGUUUGAUGACCGACUGUGGGAAAGGGAAUGCGACGAGAAACGGGUGGAGCCUCAACGAUGGAGUACUGUACCGCGACGGAUGGGUGGAAGUACCGGCCAACAAUAGAAUCAAGACAGCCAUCUUGAAGAGCCGCCACGACUGCCGUAUGACGGGACACCCGGGCAGGGCCAAGACACUCGCACUAGUCCGGCGAUGCUUCAACUGGCCAUCGCUUAAGAAGUUCGUCAACCGAUAUGUCGAUGGGUGCGACUUGUGCCAGAGGGUUAAGGCAACAACCCAGAAGCCAUUUGGCGCCCUCGAGCCCCUGCCGGUGCCUGCGGGCCCGUGGACAGACAUUUCUUACGAUCUGAUCACGGACCUGCCGGAGUCACACGGGAAGGACAGUAUUCUCACGGUAGUGGACCGGUUUUCGAAAAUGGCCCACUUCGUAGCGUGUCGCAAGGACUCAUCUUCAGAAGAACUAGCCGAUCUGAUGCUGAGGAACGUAUGGCGGCUGCAUGGGACGCCUAAGACAAUAGUGUCGGACCGGGGAAGCAUCUUUAUUUCGCGGAUUACAAAAGAGUUAAGCGGCCGGCUGGGAAUUAGGCUCUGUCCAUCGACGGCGUACCACCCUCGGACAGACAGCCAGUCUGAGAUCACGAACAAAGCCGUAGAACAGUACCUCCGGCAUUUCACAAGCUACAGGCAGGACAACUGGGAACCUCUGCUAGCCAUGGCGGAAUUUUCGCACAACAACAGCACGCACACGUCGACAGGAAUGUCGCCAUUCAAAGCGAACUACGGUUUUGAAUUGACACUAGGGGGAAUACCUUCUUCGACGCAAUGUUUACCUACGGUAGAGGACAGACUACGAACGCUGAACUCGGUACAAGAGGAGCUGAAAGCAGCCCUGGAAGAGGCACAGGACCGGAUGAAAACUCAAUUCGACAGACACGCGCGACCGACGCCGGAUUGGAAGAUCGGCGACGAGGUAUGGCUCAACAGCAGGAAUAUCUCGACGACCAGGCCAUGCCCCAAGCUAGGUCACAAGUGGCUGGGGCCCUUCCCAAUCUGCGCUAAAAUUUCUCAAUCCGUUUAUAAACUGACACUCCCCCUCUCAAUGAAAGGGGUACAUUCUGUAUUUCAUGUGUCAGUUUUGAGAAAACACUCUACAGAUACAAUCAACGGAAGAGGGACAGAUAGACCGGCGCCGGUAAGAAUCAACGGGGAAGAAGAAUGGGAGGUGGCGGAGAUCUUGGACAGCAGGCGAAUGAGGAAGAAGAAACAAUAUUUGGUCUCGUGGAAAGGAUUCGGACCCGAGGAAGAUUCAUGGGAGCCGGCUGAAAAUUUGGCGAACUGCCAGGAACUCGUGCAAAAUUUCGACUCAAGAUUUCCCGACGCGACGGAAAGACACGCCAGGAGGAGGAGGAUGAAAUGA